AAACGUUGCUUUUUUGGUUGGUGGAGACGCGCAUCAACCAGCGCGGUUUGUUGACACAAGUCAAGCGUUCGUGAAGGAAGUCGCCGCCAUGCCCAAGUCUAAGAGACAACGCACCAAGCCGCUGACGCAGGCCAACAAGAAGGGCAAUGAGCUCAAGCAGAACGUGGUGGAAGCCAUCCGUAAUGCAGUGGACACGUACGAUUCAGCCUACGUUUUCAGCUUCCAGAACAUGCGUACCAACCACUUUAAGGAGGUGCGCAUGGACUUCAAGGACAGCCGCUUCUUCCUGGGCAAGAACAAGGUCAUGAAACUCGCUCUGGGUCGCUCGAAGGAGGAGGAAUAUGCCGAGAACCUCUACCGUCUUUCUAACGACGUUAGCGGCAACACUGGUCUGUUGUUCACCAGCAAGCCGCACGACGAGGUCAUGGACUACUUUGCCAAGCUCUCGGUCAGUGACCACCCGCGUUCGGGCUUUGUAGCCACCGAGACGGUCACAAUUCCCGAGGGCCCGCUGCCGCAGUUCAUUGGCAGCAUGCUCGAGUCGCUGCGCGGUCUGGGACUGCCUGUUGACCUCAAGAAGGGUGUCGUUGUGCUUAACCAGAACUACACCAUCUGCAAGCCUGGACAGACACUGACCCCCGAACAGGCCAAGCUACUUGUGCACUUCGACCGUAAGAUGGCUGAGUUUAAGCUCGUGAUGCUCAGCGUCUGGUCGAAGGACAAGUACCACCGGCUUGCGGCCGAGGACGCCACCACUACUGGCAACGACGACACUGAAGAUGAGGAUAUGUAAAUAUGGGAUGUGGUCGCGAAGCUUUCAAACGAUAGAGCGUAGCAGAUGGAGCAGCGUCUUGCUGAGUUGUCUGGCAUCUUCUUUAGUAUACACUUUUUUUUGCAUCUAAUAGCAUUUUGGAUUGAUUCGUUUGUGUUAUCCGA